AAAGAUUUAAGUAAGAGGCACUUAAAGUUGAAAAUAAGUUAUAUCAACUCAAACAAACUGAGGUGUUUUAGAGCUUCGGCACAGAUUCUCCUGUCCUGCAGUCAGUCCAGGUGUCUCAGUUCUCCGGUGAAGAUGAGGUCCAGUUUGUUCCUGGUGGCGGCGUUGGUAUGUGGUCUGGUCGGUGCUCAGCCGGGGGGGCUGCCUGGGAGGGUGGAGAAACUGGAGAGCGAGCAGGACUUGAUGGUUAAAUCUCGAGUGGCGUUUUCUGCUUCGCUCUUCGACGUUAGCACCGAGUGGCAACGUGAGGGGCCCAAUGAAGCUGAUACGCGUCUGGUGUACAGGAGGGUGGUUACAAAUGUCGGCAAUGGGUACAACGCUCAGACAGGUGUCUUCACGGCUCCUGUGAAAGGACUCUACUACUUCACAGUCACCGGAGUAGUUGGUGAAAACGGAGAACUGCACGCCGGAUUGAAGAAAGGCACUGAAAAUGUUAUGGCUAUCUACCAGAAAGCAGGAACCCAGGCUGGCGCUUCCAACAGCAUGGUUCUGGCCCUGGAGCCAAAUGAGCAGAUCAGUGUCCACCUCUGGGCAGGAAAGACCAUCGUAGACCAGGGUCGCCUUAGCACCUUCUCCGGCUUCCUCGUCUUCCCCAUGUAGGCUGACACUGAGACACCUUCAGCAACCAGGCUUUUCUGUCAUGUCAUGUUCUGAACUGCACACAUUGUCAAGAUCACCUCUGUCCUACGAAGCUGAACAGAAAUAAAAACUUGUUAAAAACUUUA